AUGCCUGCCAUCCACCUAUCUCAAAUAUCCCACAACGCGCUACUCCAUCUUUUGACUGCCCGAGAUAGCCCUCAAGAUGUGGCCGAUGACUACAUUGACAAGUACAUCAAUGGUAAUUCCGGCAGUAACAGUGGUAGAAGCAGCAGCCUCAAAUCAGAAUAUGAAAACAGCAAGAAGACAGUCCAGGCCAUUGGAGGCGGUGUCAUUGCCGCUAUCGUUAUUGUAGUGCUUCUUAUCAUCUCUUCUUUCAUUGCCGGCUGCUGUAUUUACAGUAGGCGCAAGGAGAGUCAGCGCCAGCGUGAUCUGGAAAUGAAGAAGUGCAUGGGCGAUAACCGUUCGAGCGCUGAAUCAAACCAUCAAACCACGACUACCGCCACCAACAACAAUAACACGACCUCAGGCUAUGGACAAGGAACAUAUCCAAGUUAUGGCUACACUUACAACAACGAGACCGGGUAUGGAUACAGCAAGGGUUACAGAGGAGUGGAUGAUGGGAACACAAAUAACACCGUUUCCACUGGGCUCCCUCCUGCAUAUACUGCGAUGAACGAUGGGUCAGCGUCGAAUGAACGAGGCAACAAUGGAUCGGGUGUAGGAAACCACAACGCAGUUUGA